UUAUUAAACUUUUAAAAUUUUAAAAACCAAGCGAUUGGCGUUUUUCACACUGCCCGCUCUCCGCUCCGUGCCAGUCUCAGCCCUGCCAGCUCUGAGUGUGCCACGAUGGAUCCGUUCCCGCUGGCUCCUUGGUGAGCAGGAACACACUAAAAUCAUCCUCACAUCCGCAAAUUCAUGUUGUGGGAGAAGAUUUGCACAGCCCUUUGUGUAAGGGUGUGCAUGGAAAUGUGCGAGCGGCUCAUCUUUCCUUCGUCAGGUGAUUGAGAGGCCGGGGACCGCAAUUCUGAUUUCAGCAAUGACAAGGGGCUGAGCACAUUCCCCUGCUCGCUUUUGGGAAAGCUGCUCCUUUGGGAGAAGGGGAUGCCAUGGAGUAACACCCUGCAGCCAGCCCUGGUAACUUCAUGGGAACAGAGGUUAAGAGGAAACUUUUAAAAAAAAAAAAGAGUUUUUCCAGACUGAGGCUGAGGACUUGGUAAAAAUACACAAAAUGUCUCAAGAAGGAAAAAAGCUUUUCAACAUCAUUAUUUUGGGAGUCUCAUUUAUGUUUAUAUUCACUGCUUUCCAAUCCUGUGGAAAUAUCGCGCAAACUGUUAUCACGAAUUUAAACAACACAGACUUUCAUGGCAGUGGCUACACGAGCAUGUCCAUUAUUUAUGGAGUAUUGUCUGCAUCAAAUCUUAUAUCACCUUCACUGGUUGCAAUAGUGGGACCUCAAUUCUCCAUGGUUAUUAGUGGUGUGUUUUAUAGCCUGUACAUUGCUGUCUUUAUCCAGCCAGCUACAUGGGCUUUCUACACUGCCUCUGUGCUUAUUGGCAUUGCAGCUGCUGUCCUCUGGACAGCUCAGGGAAAUUGCUUGACUGAAAAUUCUGAUGAAAACACCAUUGGAAGGAACAGUGGAAUAUUUUGGGCACUCCUACAGUUCAGCUUGAUUUUUGGAAAUCUCUAUAUAUACUUGGCUUGGCAAGGAAAAACUCACAUAUCAGAGAGCGAUCGCAGAACUGUCUUCAUUGCUCUGACUGUUAUCAGUCUUGUGGGCACAGUUCUGUUCUUUCUGAUUAGGAAACAAGAGGACACAAAAGCUCCAGGGGAUGAUGAUUCCACUAAUGAAAUCCUGGGGGAGAGCUCGUCUGCACGAAACAAAAUGAUGAAAGCAGUGGCUGCCUUCAAGAAAUCUAUUACACUGAGCUUCACCAAAGAGAUGCUGCUUCUCAGUGUUACCACAGCCUACACAGGUUUGGUGCUGACAUUCUUUUCUGGAGUGUAUGGAACGUGCAUUGGUGCUGUGAAUAGGUUUGGCAGUGAAGAGAAAAGCCUGAUUGGUCUCUCUGGUAUUUUUAUUGGUGUUGGAGAAAUCUUAGGGGGAGGAAUCUUUGGCUUGCUGAGCAAGAAGAGUCGCUCUGGCAGGAACCCAGUGGUGAUGCUGGGCAUCCUUGUCCAUUUCAUAGCCUUUUAUUUAAUUUUUUUCAACAUGCCAAAUGAUGCCCCCAUUGCUCCUAUGGAAGGAACAGAUCAAGUUGCUUAUAUGAUUCCAAGCAAAGAGGUGGCCAUGCUCUGCAGCUUCCUGCUGGGGCUGGGGGACAGCUGCUUCAACACCCAGCUCCUCAGUAUUUUGGGAUUCCUGUACUCAGAGGACAGUGCUCCUGCCUUUGCCAUCUUUAAGUUUGUUCAGUCCAUCUGUGCUGCUGUUGCCUAUUUCUACAGCAACUAUUUCCUGCUGCAGUGGCAGCUCCUGAUCAUGGUGCUGGUGGGUUUUUUUGGGACAAUCACCUUCUUCAUCGUGGAGUGGGGAGCAGCAGCAGCCCUUGCUGCCCAUGGCUCAGACUACAGCAGCAUCUGAUCCCUGUGCCAGGAGGAGCAGCACAGGAAUGGGUGUUGGGAAGUGGCAAAAGGUGAAGGUUGCUGCAGAGGUUGAGAUGGAGGAAGAUGCUGCUUCAGUCCAACAGAAUGUGAAACAGAAGGGGAAAAAAUGCCACGUUUGAAAGGCUUUUAUUCCUUGCUUUGGUCAUCUGAGCGUGUUAUUGUGUUGUUAAAAAUCUGGUACUGAGAAUGGAAGGAAAUGUAGGGACCCAUAUUGUAUUGAACAAUUCUCUUCUGAAAUGUCCCUUUCAGAAUGUAAUUGCCUAAUUUCACUCCACCAUGCACUACAGAAUUAGUUUGGGGGUUUGUCCCUUAAAUUAUUUUUCCUAUAUUCUUGUUCUGCAGACAUUUGAAUUCCUGUAUUGAAUGAGAUAUUUUUAUAAGGUAGAUUAUAUUGCAGAUCAUGUCUACACAGCUGAGAAAUCAAUUUGGCAUUGAAUUUUUCAACAAUUAGAUGUGAGGAAGUAUUUCUGUGGAAAAUGUUGCCUUAUUCUGUAUCCCUCAGCCCCUUGUUUCCCAACCAGUUGUUUGUUAAUCUAUUUCAUGUGCUUAAGUUGUCAGAUCCAUGGGGUUUUUUUUGUUUGGUUGGGUUUUUUUCUGUUGUGGGCUUUUUUGGGUUUGGUGUUUUAAAUUUUUUUUGUAAGGAAGUCAAUCAGGUUAUAGUGUGGCAUGAUAGAUUUUAUAAGAAUUUGAAGAAAUCACCCUUGGCUAUCCCAAGGCCUGUGAAAUAUUGAUGGUGGAAAACAGCUUCUGGCUCAGCAUCUCAGAAUUGAGCUGUGUUGGGAAAGGUGCUGAACCUUCCUCAGGGCUGUGCUUUAUGGACCCUCCCAGAACCCCAAAUAGUUCUUUUGAGUUCAAUGGCAUUUUCAUCAAUGAUGAAAAUCUGUGAUGGGAGCACUAAGACAGCUUUUAAAAAUAUAAAUAGUCUCAGAAUGUGAACUGUCAGAAUCAUAUUGCAGUGUUUAUGCCGCUGCAUAACCUGAAACACUUGUCCUGAGUUGUUUUAUUCAGUCUGUUUUGGGAAAAUUGAACUGUAAUCUUACUCCACCAAAUAGGAAAGCAAGGUUACUGGCAUAGUAACUAAAUUUUAAUCCAGAACUGUUAUAAAUGAUGUAACAGGCAGUGACUGCAGCUCACCUAGACCUUAUCUGCCUACAUAAUACUCUGAAGUACUUGCAGUUGUGUUUGUCUGGUGGGCAGAGCAGGCAUGGAACACUCAGAAGGUGUUUUUAGACACUCCAUGGAGCUAUUUUUAGAAAAGUACCAUUCACCAGCUUUCUUUUAUGCCCAGUCAGAAUGUUAAUGCCUUGUCUUUAAAGACAAGUUAAAAAAGACUGUUUUACAUGUCAGUUGCUCCCAGUGUAACUGUGUAGGAGCUCCCCAGGUUAACCCUGGGGAGGGAGGGUGGCAUCUCCUGUGACAUUUGCUGUCACUUCUGCUCUCCAGGAGCAGUGGCACAAGUGGAGCACAGCCAAACAGCUGAGAGGCAUCUUCUCACUGGGAUAGAGAAAGGGAUUUUUAAAUUCACAGGGAUGGAGAAAGGGAUUUUUAAAUUCAUGGCAGGUUUUUGCUGUGAGAUCAGCAGGGUGUUAAUGGGGGGAUUAAAGGGCACCUGAACAUCCAGCAAGCUGAGAAAUCUGUGAGGACAAGCAGGAGAGAGAGGUUUGUGUGUAUUCCCAGGAGAUUUAAUGAAUGAUGUAAAAAAGAAUGAGGCAGAACAUGGAUUGGAGUGAGGGGUUACCAGAGCCAUUCCAAUCUGUCAGGCAGCCUGAAAAAGCAUUCAGUGUUCAAUCAAUAUGUGAUUAAUGGGACCAGCAGCACUGCAAAGCCUCUCUCUCACCCACUCCUGUUAUCCUGCAAUUUGAAGCAUAUGAUUUUUAUAUACUGAGCACUACAAAGGUGUGGAUUAAAGGGUGUUGCCACUGAUUAAAAUUCUCUUGUUGCUACACAUUUGCAUUUUCUCCAGAGUACCAAAAGGGAUAAAGAGCUUUUUUUUUCCAGAUAAGGAAUUGCUGAAUUUUCUUUUCCUCUGAACGCUUUUGGGGCCCUGUUCUCCCCAUCACAUUAAUAAGAGCAGAAAGACUUAAAUGUUCACAAGGAGCAGGUUUUUUUUUGGUUUUUUUUUUUUACAGUGUAUUUGGGGUAAAAAAUGACUCUUGGAUCUUGUGGUGAUGAGUAGCUUGUAAGUGCUUUUCAAACCAUGUCAUUUAAUUGUAAGUGGGUUAUGGCUCUCAAGAAGUUGCUCUUUAAAUUGACCCCUUUUAAUGAUGUGAUGUUCAUAUAAGAAUUGUAUGAACUAUUUUAUUAGAAAUGAAAAGUACUAAGUUUAUGUAGUUUCAAAAAACAUUUUGAAACCAACUCAGAGGGAUACUAAUGAAGAAAGACUUGUGGGUUUUCAGUACCUCGGUGAAUCUGAUGCUUUACUUUUUUUCUUUUGCUCUGUUCUGGUCUGACUCAAUAUCAGAUAAUCUUAGCAGGCUGCUCAGAACUCUUUAUAGGGUCAUUAAAGGGAAGUAUUAUUGCUCUGUGACAAGUUUUUUCAAGAAACCAUGACACUCUCCAAGCUGUAUCAUGGAUGGCUAUUCUUUUUUACUAUUAACUAUAUAAUACUGCUUUUGACAUUUGAUCUGAAGAGAGAGGCCUCAGUUAUUCAUGCUGCUGAUGACAUAUGAUUGCUUUUCACUUAUUCAUAUUUCUUGAGUAUGCCAAGAGGUGAAAAAUCCUCUCCAAUGUACACAGCUGUUAAUUUGGCUGAAAUUUUUGGUGUAGCAAUAUAAAGAACAGUAACACUGACAUCCAUUAUGAUUCCAUCUCUUAAUCUGUUAAUCAGCAUUUACCAGCCAUGAGGCUGCAGCCCCUUCAUUUCACCUCUGUGGCCUUUGAACAAUUUCAUGUUAAUCUGAAUUGGGAGCUCACUGUGAAAUAAAGAGGGAUUUGAAAAGAA